ACAGAGGUCCAAGGGAAAUGGAAAAUAUGCGGUAAACCUAUUCUUCUAUCUGUGCCAUUCUGUGGUACAUUUGCGUGUGAAGGCGAUAUAGAUGCCACACUCCACACUGUGAUGUGUGCAGAUGUGUGCUUGUGUAUAGCAUUGAGAGAUCUCCGAUAUCGGGCGCGAACCUGUUAAUCUAGUGCUCGAUCUUAUCUGAACCAGUGUCCAAGCCCUGUCUGAACGGAGAAAAAAAUUUGCAGUGCAAAGUGUUCUAACUAUGAGUACCAACGAACACAUCCAUUUUACAGCCCUAGAGCCGGAUAUUCAGUCUUUAAUAAGAAGUAGUGUAUUGGUUCGUGAAAACUCUUAUUCACCCUAUAGUAAUUUCAAAGUUGGAGCUGCAGUACUUUGCAGUGAUGACACUAUUUCUACUGGAUGCAAUGUUGAGAAUGUAUCGUACCCUGUUGGGACAUGUGCUGAAAGAGUAGCUAUUGCAAAAGCAGUGUCAGAAGGAAAAAGGAAAUUUAAAGCGUUGGCGGUAGUAGCCGACAACGUAAACAAUAGCUUUGUCUCGCCAUGCGGUAUGUGCAGACAAUAUAUUGCAGAAUUUGGCAACAUACCGGUUUACAUGUCCAGUCCUGACAUGACAAUUGCGCUCAAAUGUACAGUAAGCAAUUUACUGCCCCAUGCCUUCAUUUCUAUGAACGCGGAAAUGAUCCAAUGA